GACAAGCCGCUCGAUGACUUCGAUAGUGGCGAGGAUGAGCUAUCCGAUGACGAGUUGCUGUUCGAGUUGCCGAUUGAUCGAGGUGGCGCUGUGCUUCCUCAGCCAGUGCACGCACCAGUAGCCCCUCGUUCGACACCAACAUCACCAACGAUUGCAGCGAAUGAAUAUCUCGCGUCCCUUCAGACUGAUAGUGACCUACACUUAUCAAUGGAGUCUCGCGUAAAGUACGCGAUCGAGAAGGACGGCCCGUAUGGGCUGUUUGGCUUAUUUGCUACUGUUACACUGAGCCAGAGCAUUCGACCGUGGACAUCGACCAAGUUGUAA